CCGAGGGAGUUUGGGGUCGCUGGACCUCAGGCGGCUGUAGGACCGCUCCACCCUGGAGCCGCGUGAGGCUGCGUGAAGUCCGGAGCUCAGCUAUGGAGUCUGUAUCUUUUGAGGAUGUGGCUGUGAACUUCACUGCAGAGGAGUGGGCUUUGCUGGAUUCUUCCCAAAAGAGGCUACACAGAGAUGUGAUGCAGGAGACCUUCAGGAACUUGGCUGCCAUAGCAAAAAAGCACGAAGACUGGAUCCUUGAAGAUGGCUCUGAAAAUUUAAGAAAAAUUCCUUCCAUUUCAGUUCAGACUGACUAUAAACUAUGUGAGAGUCAAGAAUGCACAGAGAAACCAGGCACAUGUAAGAAGUGUGGGAAAUUCUUUAGUUCUCCCCAAAGUUUUCUGGAACAUAUGAAGAUUCACAAUGAAGAGAAAACUUACAAAUAUAAGCAAACUGAAGACUAUUUUAGCAGACACAAUUUUGUUCAGGGGCAUGAAAAAAUGCAUGCUACAGAAAAGUCCUGUGUUUUAAAGCAAAGUGGGAAAGACUCUCUGACUCUUGCUGGUGUUCAACAACACAUAAUAACACAUAAUCGAGAUGAGCCAUAUAUGUGUAAAGUAUGUGGUAAAGCCUUUUACUCUUCCAGUUCUUUCUUGACACAUAAAAGAAUUCACACUGGAGAACAGCUUUAUAUAUGUAAGCAAUGCGGCAAAACCUUCUCUUAUUCCAGUGGCCUUCGUCGUCAUGAAAGGACCCAUAGUGGAGAGAAACCCUAUGAAUGCAAGCAAUUUCUGAAAGUCUUUCCUUCAUUGAGGAAGGUUGAAAGUCAUGAACAAACUCACAAUGGAAUAAAAUACAUAUGUAAUCAGUGUGGAAUAGCCUUCAGUGAUCACAGUUCCCUUCAGUGCCAUGAAAAGAUUCAUAGUUUAGAAAAACCCUAUGUGUACAAGCAAUGUGGGAAGACAUUCACUUGUUCUAGUGCCUUGCGAAGACAUGAACGAAUUCAUACUGGAGUGAAACCCUAUGAAUGCAAGGUAUGUGGGAAAGCCUUCAUUGAUUGCAGUUCUCUUCAGUGUCAUGAAAGGAUUCAUAGUGGAGAGAAACCCUAUGUAUGUAAGCUGUGUGGGAAAGCGUUCAGUCGUCAGGGCUCUCUGAAGUGUCAUGAAAGAAUUCAUAGUGGAGAGAAACCCUAUGCAUGUAAGCAGUGUGGGAAAGCUUUCAUGCAUCACAAUGCUCUUCGAUACCAUGAACAGAUUCACAGGGGAGAGAAGGCCUAUGGCUGUAAGCAGUGUGGGAAAGCCUUUGUGUUGAGCAGCGCACUGAAAAAACAUGAGCGAAUCCAUAGUGGUUUGAAACCUUGUCUAUGCAGGGUGUGUGGGAAAGCCUUCACGUUUCACAGUUCCCUCCAUUGCCAUGAAAGGACUCACACUGGGGAGAAACCCUAUGUGUGUAAGCAGUGUGGGAAAGCCUUUAUGUAUCACAGUUCUCUCCGUUGCCAUGAAAAUAUUCACAGUGCAGAGAAACCCUAUGUAUGUAAGCUGUGUGGGACAGCCUUCACUUAUCACAGUUCUCUUCAACGCCAUGAAAGAAUCCACAGAGGGGAGAAACCAUAUGUAUGUAAAUUCUGUGCGAAAGCCUUCACUGAUCACAGUUCCCUACGAUGCCAUGAAAGAAUUCACACUGGAGAAAAACCAUAUGUAUGUAAACAAUGUGGGAAAUCCUACAGCACUCAUGGUUCCCUUAGAUACCAUGAAAGGGUGCACUGUGUGUAAGCUACGUUGGAAGUCCUUCUCCUCUUUGAAUAAGUUUUAAUUUCAUUAACUCAAAAGAAAAACAAACAGAAAAACCAUAUGGAUAUAAGAUAUGUGAAUAAGCCUUAACAUGUUCUGGUUCCCUUAAAAAAAAAAAAAAAAACAUGAAUGGAGACACAGUGGAAACUUAUCUCUAAAUAUAGACUAAAGGAAAGCAUCAGAUCUCUCUAGCAGACAUGAUGGCAUAAUGAAUUUAACUUGUAUCAAUGUAAAGCAUGUGGGAUUAUCUCUACUUGUCUCAGUUUACUUCUCAGAAACCACUACAGGGAUGAGGCGAUGUCUCAGUUUUUAUAGUCCUUGCCAUAGAAGCAUGAGAUCCUGGGUUUAAAUCCUCAGCACCCGUAUAAAAGCCAGACAUGAUGGCACAUCCCUGCAAUCCAGUGCCAGGGAGGCAGAGGCAGAAGAGCCCCUGAGGUUUGCUGGUUAGCUGGUCCAUGAUGGCAAUGCACAUGUAUGGAGUUUCCUGUAGAAGCCUAAACGUGGAAUGGAAAUUAGACCAACUUUAUUUUCAGUUUCUUCUAAAACUGCCCGCUGGUUAGUCACAUGGCUUUUAGCUUUAGGGUUAACUCCUGCGUCAAUAUUCUUCAAAUCACUGGACACCUUUGGGCAUCAAGUCAGUUCAGGUCCAAUAAGAGAGUUCUCAAAAACUAAAGUGGAGAAUGAUUAAGGAAGACACCCAACACACAAAAGUCUGGAUUUUCCUACUAGGCUCUUGUCAUUACGUCAACCUCUGGCCUCUAUGUGCAAGUACAGUGUGUGCCCACACAUAUGAACACUCAUCCACACAAUCAUGCACACCACACACAAAAGAACACACCAUAUCAAGAGCUUCCAUUAGAAGAAAACUGUAAGUCUUCAGUUGUCCAGUAUAUCAAAAUACACAGUCAAAACCUUAUAAAUAUAGGUAGAAUUGUCUUUUGUAGCAUAUAAUGUCAUCAAAGUCUGAUGCAAUACGAUUCUGUUAACACAACUAAUGUGAAGAACCUGGUAUAAAAUAAUUUGUGUAGAAUGCUUUAGAAAUUGCAGUCAGUGGCACAUUUGUAGGUAGAUCUGAAUAAUACAGUAUGCUCCUUAUUUUAUUCUUGAAAAGAAAUGUUUUAGUGAAAUUAUUUAAUAAGAUUUACUUAAAUAGUUGCAUGUGCUUAAUCUAUAGUUUCACUGUUAGUAAAGUCAGUUAAUA